AUGGACGAAAAACUUAUAUUGAGCUUCGAGGACGAGCUGGUAGAUUCUAAACAUGCUAAAUCAAAGCCGGUGACGAAGGCUAGAACUAGAACUAGGAAAAUUACGAAAUACCUUGCCAAGAAAACAAACGAGGAUGAGGAUACUAUAAAAGCCUUGCUAGAUAACGACGAUGAUUUUGAUAAUAUUGAUAUCAAAAUUCUUGACAAUGCAAUCUCGGAAAAUUACUUAGAAAAAGAGUCCCGAGAUACACCUUCCAAAAAUGUCAAGGAGUGUCAGCAAUCACCGGUUAUUGAGCGUCCAUUGACUGAACUCACCGAAAGGCCAUUAAAAUGCUUCGGAUACAUUCCUCCUCCAAAACUGUCCAACACUGAGAUUGCGGCAAAAACAUUGGAAACCUCGCUUGCCAAUACAUUGGAUGCAGUUAAAGAUUCUAUUUUGGGGGAACAGAUAUCAGAUAAAGACCCAGCUGCAGCUGGGAAUGAAAUCAUUCAACAACUAUUUGAAAAUAAACAUCAGCUGGAAGAAGACUUUAUAAAUAGUCAAAUUUCGAAAGAUACUGCAGUAGAACGGUCAGAUAAUUCCAUCUUAAUUGUUGACGGAAAUGAUCCUGAGGAAUUAAAAACUCACAAAUAUUCAGGUCAAAUUACAGCUGGUGGAGAUAAAUUUGAAGAAGCUGAAAGAAUUUCGAAUGAAAAUUUGGGAUUGGGAAAUUGCAGUAAUGCUAAUGCAGUCUCAGUUAUCUCAGAUAGUCUGACUGAAUCUGAAAAUAAUCCAUCUAAUCAAUUAAAAAUUAAAAUAGAAGAAUCAAAGCGAAACGACUGCAGUUUCACGAUGAAAGAUUCAAAUAAAAAUAAUUGGAAAGUCGAGAACAUAGAUAGGAUCUCUCCUGGCAAACCAUCAACUACGCGAAAUUCUCCUGAACAACAAGCAGUUUCCGAUCAGACAUCAACCUCUAAUAUAAAACGACAAAUUCCAAGUUCAAAAACUGAAUAUGUCACAAUUUUUUCAAAAUUGAAGAAUCUUCACAACCCAAAAAGAUUGCCGUACAGAAGCUUAACUCCUGCUGCAAGGAGUGUUGGUUUAGUGAAGGAAGACUAUCUAAACAUGCGCAGUAAAAGUUGCUAUUUCAAGGAUAAAGCUGUAAAGUCUCUUCAGCCUGGAUUUAGGAAAAAUUCGAGCGAAAUCACUUUGGAUUCAAGAGAUACGAAGGUUCCAAAUUGGAAAGAUUUGAAGGAUUUUCAAGCUAUUCCUUCACAAAGUAAGACGGUUUCCACCAUAUUUCAAAAUCCGAAACUGAAUCAAUCAAAGGUAAGUGGAGAUCAGAUAAUAUCAGUUUUCAAUCAACUGUGCGACAAAUAUCUCGGAAAAGAAAAUGUCAACAGUAAAACGAAAGAUUUUUUAAAAAAGAUAGAGGAGGAACUGAGUUCGGAAAAUGAAACUAACAUGGAAACUUCAAGGAGAAUUUCUGAAUUUCUGGACAAAAUUGCUGUUGACAAAGAGCACUUACAGCAUAAAUCCUUGAAUCAACCAAGCAGCACAGUGAUUUCCGAGAAACAUGAUCCUGUAAUAAGGCAACCUUUGUUUAACAAAGUAUUAUCCUAUAAGAAAGGUGAACACCCGCGAACAGAGAAAGCCUUCACGAAGUUGACGAAUCCAGAAAACGAUCGAAUCGAUAAACUACUCGAAAAUGUCAUACAGGAACCAAAAAAUCACUUACCCCCACAAAAAUGCAACCCCUAUCGAAUGAAAAUACCAAAAAGACAAAGGAAUAUAAAUAUGGGUUGUGCAUCCAAGCAAAACUUUGAGUAUUUUGAAAAUCUUAAGCGUAAAGCCGAUCUAGAAGAACUAAAUAGAACGUUCAGCAACCGAAGUGAUCGUAAUGAAACGUAUCUAUCUGAAAUGUCUCGGAUUAUGUUCGCAGAUAGGAAAAAAGUAAAGCUUGGUAACGAGGGAAACUACCUCAAUAUUGCAGCUCUUCCUAAACCUGAUUUUAAAGCCAUUGAAGAGGAACAGUUGAGACGAUCGAUCGUGGCUGAAAUUUCAGGAGAAUGCAUUCCAAAUCCAAACCCUGUCAAAAAAUUCGAGGUUUAUAUCGGCGAGACCGAUAGGGGGUUGACAAAUUUAUUUGAAGGAUUUGAGGAUUUAAGCUACGAAAAUGAGAUUGGCUUUAAAUUGCCUGAACAAACAAAUUUUGAUUUUUUCGGUGAAAAUUGUCAACAGGUUGGGUUUGACCCGUCCUUCUUUCAAACUUCGUCCUUUGUGUCGCCUAGUGAGUUCAGUGAUAAUAGAGUAGAUACAUUUCAACUUCCGUGCUUCAAUACUGAUAUCAAGAGCGAACCUGUAUCUCAGUCAUUCGAACCUCUCUCUUUACUCAACGAUACUGAGGAUGAUGACAUGCUCCUGAAUUAUGUCCAAGUGAAAUCAGAAGCAACUGAGCGGGACAUUAUUGAUUUGACUUCACCGGUCAUAGGGGGCUCCGCAUAUACCCCAUUUAGUGUAGGCUCGUCGCAGGAUACAAUAGACAAGGAAUUAUUCGCCCAGUUUGAAGAUGAUAUUAUUUUCGAGUGAGAUAUUUCGUUUAUAGGGUCAACAUGGACUCAAUUCCAGGGACCUAACUUUGGACCCAAUUCCAGGGAGGAGUCAUUCGCUCUACAUAUUGUAAAUUUUUAUUAUAAAUUCAUCAGUUAUUUGGUACAUAAAUCACACAAUAAAUAACAAGAUUAUCUCUGAAUAGAUUGAAUUUGUAUUUAGAAGACGAGUUGACAG